CCAAUACCAACAUAACUUAAAUUUCACAAUCCAUUCUUUAUUCAAAUUUUCCAAACCCAAUUCUCACUUCUCAGCCCAACCCAAUUUUUUUUUUUGUGAAUCUAAUAUCCUUAUUUCCUAAACUUAAUUGCCCAAAUUCACAAUUUACAGCCCAAUUUACAUAUAACCCUAGUUGCCUAGCAGAAAGACAUUUUACAUUUUUACUUUCAGCUGAAUCAGCCCCUUUUUUUGCUUGCCGCUUCUUGCAAAUUCUGAAUUAGGGAUUUCCCACUCCUCUCUCGCCUCUCGGUCGACUUUUCUCUCGGACCUCUCCUCUAAUCCUCUGUCACACUCACACUCUUCACUCUCACUCAUGCUCAAACUCAACCCUCAUCUCCAGAUUCUCCACGGCCCACUCGAUACCCUUCAACUCUCAACCUCUCACGGACAGACGACUCACGGUGCCAUCACUACAGCCCUUGGCCCUUGCUACCCUGCAACUCACCGCUCACCUCUAGCUGAGCUCCAAGGCUGUUGCUGGGUCAGCUCAGCCAGCCUCUCACCGUGGCACCCUACCAUCAGCCCGUCAUUGCAAGUCAGCACCGCUCACCUCCAGCUCCUCCAAGGUUGGGUCGUCCUCUUUCUCUUUCUGUUGUCGCGUGGCUUCCUCCUCUGCAGCUCUGCCUCAGAUUCUUUUCAAACUCUCCAACUCUAGGUGUUCAAGGUCAUCAUAAGACCUUUAGAGGACCUAUUUUGCAUUACUCUUUAGUGGUUAAGAUCAAUAUGAUUGUAGUUGUUUAUAUCUUCAUUUUGCUUUUUGGUUGGAGUUUUGCAUUAAUGUAAAAUAUGUUUUGCAGGGGAAAAAAGGGUUCUCAACUCUGAACUUUGGCAUGCAUGUGUGGGACCUCUUGUUUCUCUACCUCCUGUUGGAAGUAGGGUUGUUUAUUUCCCACAGGGUCAUCGUGAACAGAUGGUAUGUGUAUCAACUUGUGCUUGCUACAUGAAGAAUGAAUUUUGAAUAUCUUU